CAUUAGCUCAUACAACGAUCGACCGACGUUAGCCACUGGCAACGAUGACAACGACAACUAGAACCAGAACCACAGAAACCACAGAGACCACAUUCACGGUGCGAAGAACGAUGACCAGCCGUAGCGGAAAGUUCUCGAUGGCCACUUCCAUUCUGCUGCUCUGCGCCGCCUUGCUGCUGACAAAGUCCUGCGGCAUCCUGGCACUUAGCGGCGAUGGCAGCAGCGACAGCAACCAGCUGGGCCAGGCAGAUCCCUGGAGCGAUUCCACGACCACAACCCUUGGCCAGGAAACCGAGGGCAGUGGCGGCUGGGAGACGACCACCACCAUCCAGGAGGAAGAGACCACGGAAGCACCCACAACGCCUGAACUGGAGACAACCACGGCAGAGGAUGAGACAUCCACCGCUGGUCAGGAAACAACCACAGCCAAUCAGGAGACAUCCACAGCAGCUGUCGAGAUCACCACUGCAGCUCCUCUUGAGCCAGAGACCACCACAGGAGCUCCUCUUGAGCCAGAGUCCACCACAGGAGCUCCUCUUGAGCCAGAGACCACUACAGGCGCCCCAGUUGAGCCAGAGACCACUACAGGUGCCCCCGUUGAGCCAGAGACCACCACCAAUCAGCCCGAGAGCACCACCGCUGGUGCCGGCGAUGAGCCACCGGCAACCACCACUGAGGAGCCAGCCCUGGGCACCACUUUGACUCCUACGCCCGAGCCCGCGCCCGCGCCCACCGUACCCGUCUUCGAGUGCCAGACGGCAGGACUCUUUCCGCAUAUCGGCGAAGACUGCAGGCGCUACCACAAGUGCCUGUGGAAUCCGCUGCUGCGCCUGCUCCAAGAGCAGGAGAUGGUGUGCCCUCCGCUGACUGCCUUCUCGCCCACACUGCGCCGCUGUGUGCGCGACGUGUCCGUGUGCAAGGCCGACGAAUUCGAGUGCCUGGCCGUGGGACGCUACGCUGGCCACGACGACACCUACUACUACAGCUGCAUGGCCAGCCUGCAGGGCGGUCUCCACAAGUUCAUUGUGCGCUGCUCCAGCGGCCAGCGGUUCGAGCCAUUGAUUGGCGGAUGCUGGCGGUAUGACUGGACCCAGAUUGUGCCCGGACAGGAGGCGCUGGAGGUGAGCGACCUGGCGGCCAUCAAGCGGGAGCUGAAGCUUUAUAAGGCGGAGGAGAAGCUGCGUCUGAAGGCCCUGAAGGAGCAGGAGAAGCUGGCCCGCAAGCAGCAGAAGCUGGAGGAGCAGGCGGCCAAGAAGGCGGCCAAGGAGCUGGCCAAACAGCAGGCCAAGGCCGAAAAGGAGGCCGCCAAGGCCGCCAAGGAGCAGGCCAAGGCCGAAAAGGAGGCCAACAAGGGACCGUCCAUCGAGAGCACCGAGUCCGACGAGGAGCCCAGAGGCCUUUUCUGAGGAGCCUGAGAGUUGAGCCCCGCCAGGAGGAGCUCCUCCUCCACUACGUUGGUCCAUUGCCCUAAUCUUAUGACAUCUGCUAGAAAUCUGCUGCCAAUUGUUGUGUGUGUCUGUUUUUUUAAUAUAUGGUAUUAAUAAAGUUCUGGAAACUAGA